AGGCACAGUUUGUGACAGCGUCUCCAUUAUUGAAACGAAAAAACACAAAAGAAUAUACCAACAAAAACACGGGAAUUGACCGUGUUUGUUAAAUAUUUAAGAAAAAUCCAUGAAUUUAUAGUCUUUUUAAAAUUAUACAUAUCUCAGCGUAAAAUAUGGAAGAGCCUUCAAGUAAAUCGUCCUCGUCUUCGACGAAUUGGAAUAUGGAUGAGCUACCUUAUUUUACGGAAAAAUAUCCGGGAAAGUUUUGUUGUUUAUGCAAUUUAAGUGAAAAAUCGGCAUUGGGACAAGGAGAUAUGCUCAGGAUUCCUGUUAAUGCGCAAACAUUAAAGUCUCUUAUAAGUGCUUUGGACGCCACAAAAACCGCAGAUGCCAGCGAUGUUGCCUCAGCAGAAGAAAGCCCCUCGAGAAAGAAAGCAGUUGUUAAACCUAAAGUGACUAUAAAUAAUGAACUGAUAAAUGAGCUGGAUGUUGUGGGCAGUGAAGAAAUUCCAACUCUGGAAGAAACUAUAACUGCAACCGAUGGUUGUUUUCUAUACAUUCACACGAAGUGCGCGAUGUGGUGUCUGCAAUUAAAGCGUGUCGAGGAGGAGGCCACAACGAAUUUCGAAGAAAUGGUAGUGAAAAGUUUGCAAAGGAAAUGUUCGUAUUGUUUGCGUUAUGGAGCCAGCAUAAAUUGUCGUAUGAGUUGUCCCAAGAAUUUCCAUCUGCCCUGUGCUGCUGCAGCAGGUUGUUUUCUUAUUAUUGAAUCUUUUCAAGCAUUUUGUGUGGAACAUGUCAGUCAAGUGCCCUUCAUAGCUGUCGACACAAAUAUCGAGUGCAGGCAAUGUUUUGGAUUAGGAGACAUUUCCAAACUUCUUAUGUGCUCAACGUGUGGUGCCCAUUACCAUAACUAUUGCGUCGGUUUGGCAAAUUUUCCAGAUUCUCGUUCUGGCUGGAAUUGCCAACAGUGCUGUAAGUGUCUAAUAUGCCGCCAGUCGGAUAGUGGAGAAAACCGUUCAGUAAAGUGUGAGCAGUGUCAAAAAUUAUACCACACAAAUUGUUUGAGGCCAAUUAUCUCAUCGGUUCCGAAAUAUGGUUGGAAGUGUAAUCGUUGUCGUGUCUGCACCGAUUGUGGGUCAAGGACACCAGGAGCCGGUUCUUCUUCCAGAUGGCAUUGCCACUACACCAUAUGCGAUUCCUGCUACCAACAGCGCAAUAAAGGAUUCUCUUGUCCCAUUUGUCAUAAAGCAUAUCGGGCGGCAUCGCACAAGGAAAUGGUCAAAUGUAGUAAUUGCAAUCGCUUUGUUCACAGUGGCUGCGAUGGGGAAGCUGACUUGAGUGCUUAUCACGUCAAAAAAGAAUCCAAUCCUGACUAUGACUACAUUUGUCCACCAUGCAAAUCGGGCAAACAUAUAAUGGGGUUCGGUGCAUUGGAUCCAAUUUUAGGUUCUGCUGAUGGCUUUCCUCGAGAUUUAGAGUCCGAAUUUUACGAUAAAGAUGCGUUGGAAAUUACAAAUGCCGUUGACCCGCUUAAAAUAUCAAAGAAACGUUUAAAUUUAAAAGACUUUGGCCGAGGCGGCAAAGUCGGAAGGCUGUACAUGGGAAAGGGAGGCCUCCUAAGCCAGAUUAACCGCAAACGCAGUGCGAGAGGUAAGGGCCGGCCAUUACCAAUGUUAAGUGCCUCGUCGAUGCAAUCUAACUCGAAUAAUGAUCACAGUAACACCCAGUGCUCCGAAGACGACAUGUCUUUGGAAAAGAAAAUUAUUCUUUGCUCAGCCAAGGAUAAAUUUAUCCUCAUGCAAGAUAUUUGUGUAAUGUGUGGGGCUUUGGGAACCGAUCAGGAGGCUUGUCUUAUCUCAUGUGCCCAAUGCGGCCAAUGUUAUCAUCCAUACUGUGCUAAUGUGACGUUAUCAAAAACCAUGUUACAAAAAGGAUGGCGUUGUCUGGAUUGCACCGUUUGCGAAGGAUGUGGUCAGAAAAACGACGAAAGCCGUCUGCUGUUGUGUGACGAAUGCGAUAUUUCUUACCACAUAUACUGCAUGAAUCCACCUCUGGAUGCAGUACCAAAUGGAAACUGGAAGUGUAAUUUAUGUGCGGUCUGUCAUAAGUGUGGGCGCAAUUCGCCGGGCAAAAACUCUCAAUGGUUUAAUGGAUUUUUAGAGUGUGGCCCUUGUGCCAGCCAAGCCAAGUGUUUUGUAUGUUCUCAGGCAUACAAUGAAAAUGAACUGAUAAUACAGUGUAAUAAUUGCGAAAGGUGGUCGCACGGCAUGUGCGACAACAUAAAAACGGAAGAAGACCUCUUGAAGGAAGUUGAAUAUCAUUGUAAGGCCUGUCGAAAAGAGGACAAGCCUUCGAAAGCGGUGGCAAACAAGUCAGAAUCCGCCAAUGCCUCCCACAAAGCUACCCCAACUACACCCCAGCAAUCGGCCAAUCAAGAAAGUAGUGCAAAUAAUUCGAAUGCAACGGCGGCUUCUGUGGCGACACCAAGUGAAUCGUUUGAAAACACCGAUAAUACUUUCUGGAUAGAUGGAGUUUGUGUUAGUGAACACGGUUUCAACAUGAUACGCACUUUAACGACAGAAAUAAAGAAGAAGCGAAAACUAAAAUCGGACAUCAAUCAAAAGGAUGCAGGCAUAAUGUCAGCCAUAGAUUCUGUUGUGGCGGGCAAUGCAAAUGCCGGCGAAGGAAAUGCGGCUGUAGAUGGCAAUACGACACCCACAUACAAAGACGGCAUGGUGUGGCUAGGUGAAGAUGGCAGCCAGCCAGAAGGCUUCUCUAUUUCCACAAAUGAAGAGGGUGUCAACAUUCUGCGGAAGAAGCGCCAGCGUAAUUUACAAAAACUUGGCAUUGGUGGAUUUAAUGUGCGUAUGCGGGGCAUACGCAAAGAAAACGAAGACAUCUACAUGGGCACAUUGGAGAAUCCCUCUCUCACGGAUGAGAAAAAGAAGAAGAUCAUCAAGAAAAAACUUAAAUCAAAAAUAUGCGAAUCCUAUCCUUCUUAUCUGCAGGAGGCCUUCUUUGGAAAGUCGUUGUUGGAAAAUAAGUCGUCAGUUGACUUUGGCGACGAAUCCAAUUCAUCAGAUGACUGUGGCAUAACAAUGGAAACACAAUCAUACCUUUUGCAACAGGCGCGUUCAUCUGUCGAGACUGCAGCAUCUGCUAACGAUGGCACGUCUGCGAACACAUCAAUGGCUGCGCCAACAUUGGAUGUUGUCAAAAAUGAAGUUAAUGUGAAACAAGAAAGUGCUUGUAUGCAAAGCAAUACUAAUAACAAUGAUCUGCUUGCUGCGAAUAGUUGUCAGGUUGAUGAAAAACAAUUGAAUGCAAUGAUUUCCGAAAAUAAUGUCAAUAAGAUUAUGAAUGAAACUUGUGGUAUGUCAUCCAAUAGUGAAAUGAUGGACAUCAACUCAAUAAAAAUGGAAAUAGGGCAACAAUGCAAUAAUGUUCCCAUGGUACAAACUAAUCCCGUUGUUAUUCAGGCUAACCCUCCUCAGCAACUUUCACAGCAAAGUUUCUUACAAGGUAAUGUAAGCAACACCAACAACAUGAAUGUUAACAGUGGCGGAGUACAGAAAAUGCAGCAUCAACAGCAACAAAUUCUCCAACAACCACAACAACAUCAAACACAGCAACAGCAUAUUUUAACAUACCAAACAUCCUACGAUCCAAUGGCUAUGCAGUCAACAACUAAUAAAAAUCCGGCACAAUAUUUGACCCAAAAAUCGGAGGAUCCUAUGCUGAGUCAAAUAAAAAUUGAAAGAGACAUAAUGCUAUCACAAGUUGUGAAUGUAAACGAGCAGAUGGCGCCAGAUACGGCCGUUGAUGUACCCAUGCCCAUUGAAGAGCCCGCCAAGGAAGCAGUUGUGGCCGGUACACAAAAAACUGCUGAGAAGAUGCGCAAGGAUGAAGAUUUAGGGGAAAUGGCCACAAUAUCGGCCGUCUUAUAUGCCAACACUCAACAUCCGGAAUUGAAACAUUUGUAUCCCAAUUGGAAUGAACGAUGUAAGCAGAUUCUCAAAAAAUGGAGAUCAUUGUCGACCGAAAUGAAGGCACCGUUCCUUCAACAGGCCAAGGACAAUCGUUCCGUUCUACGGCUUAGAAGAACACAACAGGAACCCGAAAAGCUGUAUUUCCAACAAAAGUCACUUAAAGAACAGGAACAGGAAAGGGUUUGGAAGCAACACCAAGCAAAGAAUAAAGAAACAUAUGGUAAUAAAUUCAAUAAAAACGCAUUUGUUGGUGAUUACAACCGGACGGAGCCGCAACCCCAACCUGCCGUUAUCAAUCAAAAGCUGCAACAGCAGCAGCAGCAACCACAAUCCAUGUAUGAUUUGAAUAUGUUAAGUGGUGAUCACUCGAAGAACAAGCUUUCAAAACAGCCGCAUCAUUCCACGGAACAACAACAAAUGAAUCCCAUGAGUAUUUCUGAAUGCAGUCAACCGACUCUGUCACAAAUAAUGCCACCACAGCAGGACCAACAACCACCACAGCAACAGCAGCAGCAACAAGAGCCGCCCCGAACACAAUUUGUAGCAAAUUUUAAUCCACAAAUGCAUUCUCAUUCCAACACAGCCAUGCAACAACAGCAUACUAACGCUUCGACCAUGGAUGAGUUAUCAAAAGCAUAUGGCUCCAAUAAAUCAGAUGCCGCUUCACAGCUUUGUGAACGUAAUGACAUAUUCCUAACGGAUAAAAAUUGGCCAGGGGUCAGCAAAUUAGGAGACCCUAAAGACAAUGUUGCGGUUGAUAAGCUUGAGGCCGAUGAAACUGGUGCCUUUGGUGACAUUCUGGGAGGGUUUGGUGAGGGUGAUGAUGACGAAAUACUCAAAUCAUUGACUGCGGAAAUUGGCGAUGAUUUCAAUAUAUUAGAAUAUGCCGAUCCGGAAUUGGACGAAAUAAACGGCAGUCAAAAUCUCUUAAAUAAACUAGAUUUUGAUGAAAGCCAAAAGCCCAUUUAAAAACAUUAACCAUGAUACACCUACAAUCCUUAAAGAAGCCUUAAAGUUAAAAACAAUAGUUCUACGAGAAUAUAAAGACGUUAAUACAUUUUUGGCAACAGAAUUCGUUGAUUUGUUCAUACAUAUAUUUUAUACAUACAUACAUACAUAUAAGUACGGGUAUCGAUCACACAAUAUCAAUAAAGAAAGAUAUAUCGCAAGUUGUGUACAUAAA